AUGAGGCGCGCGACGUUCCUGCUGAAGCUGCUCCUGCUGGCGGCCAUAGCCGCCCAGGAGGGGCUGCUCUCGUGGCAGCUGAUGACCAGCAAAACGCUCGUGGUGCUGCUGGACGCGGGGCUCCUCACCGUCUUCCUCUACCUACAAGUCAGAUCGGCCAACAACACGCACAUGUACAUGAUUUACGUUUACAGCGUCGUGGCCAAGGUGACGGUGAUUUACUACAUCUCCCUCCCGAGGGCCCUCACUGGUCACCACGGGGGGGCAGGCGGGGCGGCUUCAUCCCUACUGCCAACCCUACCGCUAACGUUACGGCCAACCACCUACGCAGACAGCAUCCACGUCGUCAGCUCGGCGAUCCUCCUCUCCAUCGUCGUCUACAUCCUGUUCUUCCUCGUCACCGAUUUUGAUUUGCUCAAAGUUCGCCUCAUCAAUCUGGAGAUGUUCUUUUGCCUCCUCAUAAUAACCCACGUGUCGAUAGACCUCCUAGACAUUUCUAAUUUUUUCUCUUUUGUGCAUUUUCAUUUUUUGCUUUACCACUUCCGCGUGGUCCAGGAGCUCUCUCUGUUUAGUAACCCAGAUCUGUUUGCCGGUGCUUCCCUCGAUCGGAAGGAUCUCAUGGACUUCUAUUCCUUCUGCCUACAUGCCCACCAAGCUGUCUUCAUCCUCUUUGGUGUGCUGCUCUGCGUGAAUAUUGCCAUUCAUGCUUAUUCGCUUCCGAGCUUUUCCUACGAAAGUAACAAGCGGAGGAAGGUCUCCUCUAAAGGGGGGGGAGAUGUAGGAGGUCAUCCAUUGAGUGCACCCCAUUUGGCACAUAGCUACAGCUGUGAUGUGACGAUGCCCAGGUCCAAAGUCGGCGGGGAUGCCAUGUCCUGCCUCAAGUACAUCAGCAUAUACAGCUUCUUCUUCACCGACGUGUCUCUCUUCGCGGCGCGACUGUUCCUUUGCCUGGUCUUCUCGGCCACCGCGUGUUCGCCCCAGUUCCUCAUGAAGAACCUCUGCUUCGCCAUCAUCCACGGAUCGCGCAUCUACCGGAAGUCAAAGUUUUACAACCGCCGCAGGGGGGGCCGAGCCCAGGGGGGGAGUCCCCCCGAUGAGGGGAGCUACACCGAUGGGGGGAGUUACACAGAUGAGGAGAGCCACACCGAUGAGGGAAGCCACACCGAUGAGGGAAGCCACACCGAUGAGGGAAGCCACACCGAUGAGCGUCAAAACGGCCGAUCAGAAGAGCGUUCGAAGCACCGCCCAGACGAACCGCCGAAUCGCCCGCCACACGAACCGUCGACCAGUCUGCACUUGAAGGAAAGCCACGUGAAUAAGGAACUCCUCAGCAGGAGCUACCUCUCAAUCGACACGAUAAACAUAAGAGGGAUUAAAAACGCCGAGUACAACCGAGUGGACAGUCUAAGCUACGACAAGAUCAGCCCACAAGUCUACCUCCAUUACUUAAAAUACAACGGGGUGAAUUUCAAAAGAUACAUGUCCUGUUAUGUAGACCAAAUAGAGAAGAACUCCACGGGGUACUCGCUGAUCUUCCUCUUCUUCUUCAUUCUCAUUGCGACGAAAAUUGCCAUCCUGGUGGUCACCUACACAAUGGAUUUCGACCAAGACCUGAAUCGGCAUCUAUACGAUCUGACUUACCUAUGGGACAUCAACGCGGUGAAGUCCUGCUGGAUCCUCAGAAUUAAUUGCUUUAUAAUUUUUGUGUACUCCUUUUGUUCGUUCCUUCUCUACGUAGUUACGUGCUCCCUGUUCGAUGGGGUCUUCAUGUGCCUGCUGUAUGCCUUUAACCUGAUGUCAUUCUUCCUUGUGCUCCUCAUCAUGUCCAAGCACAACCCGUCGUACCACUUGCUGGACUACUUCAAUAGGAACAAGAACACGCUGGUGGUUCUCUUCCUCUUCGGCUACCUGGUGUACCUCUUCCUCGCGGACACGUACAUGUUCAUCUACAUGCUCCUCGGGCGCAAGUACGUCACCUAUCGAAGACGAGUGAAAACGCACAGGGGAGGCGAAGCACCGGGAAGGGCCGCACACACCGCGCAAACCGCACACACCGCUUACACCGCCUACACCGCUCACACCGCAGAGAAGGAGGAAGUGCUGACUCCCAUCUCGGUGGUGUCCUCCUUUACCCUCAAGCUGAUCAAACACAUGAAGGGACCCAUCAUGCUCAACAGAAUUAUAAUUAGCAAAAAUUUAAUUAAAAACACACGAGUUGAUAACUUUUUGUUUUUUUGCCACUUGAAAGAAAUUGCCAUCAAGCUGGUGCUUUACCUUUUCGCUUGCUUCCUCUCACUGAGGGAGGACGCGAUCAAUCUCUGCUUUGUUCUGUUCGUUUUUAUGGCGAAUGUCCUUUUGUCCGCUGCCUAUUUGGUUCUCUCCAAGGUGGACCGGGACGUCGCCAUGGACAGCAUCUUCACGCAGGCGCUCUUUCUGGACCUCACCCGGGCCACGCGAGACGGACGAGGGGCCAGACGGGCCGGCACCUCCAAAAGCCAGCAGGAAAAAGACGCCUUCCACGAGCCGACCGCACACACCAGCGUGUACGAAGAAUAUUCCUACGAGUAUGCCGUCCUGUUUGAGAACUGCCUCAAUUACUUUUGA